CACCCCCGCUCUGGAUCAGCUGCAGUUGUUCGCUGGUGGAGUUGAGGUCGCGACGUCGAUUCACACGGGAGUAAGAGGCGUCACCCAUGUCGUCGGAAGAAAAUGUGGAGAACCACGCGGUUCCUGAUGGCCAACUUUGGGAGCAGCAGAAUGUGAUGGGUCGGGUGGCCAGCCUGCCCUUGGUGAGUUCAACCUGCCACCUGGUCUCCUCGGCCUACGCGUCCACCAAGGAGACGAGUCCCUACUUGAAGUCCGUCUGCGAUGUGGCCGAGAAAGGGGUGAAGACCCUCACGGCAGCUGCCCUGUGCGGUGCCCAACCUCUGGUCACCAGACUGGAGCCUCAGAUUGCAACAGCCAGUGUGUACGCAUGCAAAGGACUGGAUAAACUGGAAGAGAAACUCCCUAUCCUGCAGCAGCCGUCUGACAAGGUGGUAGCAAACACCAAAGAAUUGUUGUCCAACAAAGUCACGGGAGCCCGAGACGCCGUGUCCAGCACCGUCCAUGGGGCGAAGCGAGCCGUGUCCAGUGGCGUGAACGGGAUGGUGGACAUGGCCAAGGGAGCCGUCCAAGGCAGCAUGGAGAUGACCUGCUCUGUCGUGGCAGGGGGUGUGAACGGCGUUAUGGGCUCCAGAGUGGGCGAGAUGAUCACCGCCGGUGUGGAUACUAUGCUGGGAAAAUCCGAAGAAUUUGUGGAUUAUUAUCUCCCCAUGACAGAUCGAGAGCUCGCUGAACUGGCCACCUCCGUGGAGGGCUUCGAAAUCGGCACGGUGGAUCAGCAGAAGGAGCGGAAAAGCUAUUUUGUGCGCCUGGGUUCCUUGUCCGGCAAACUCCGCCAGCGCGUCUUCCCGCAUUUCCUGGCUAAGUUGAAAGAGGCCAAAGAAGGCACCCAAGAUGCCCUGGGCCAGGUCCACCAGACCUUAGUGCUGAUUGAACGUGUCAAACACGGGGUGGACCAGACCCUGCAGAACGGCCAAGAGAAGCUCCAUCACAUGUGGUUGGUCUGGAGCGAGAUGCCUCCUGCGAACUUCAAGCCCCUGAAUUCAUCAACGCGGCCCGAGGUCGAAUCCCAGACGCUGGCCAUGUUUCGUGGACUGACUCAACAGGUCCAGCUUUCCUAUUUGACCCUCAUGUCCCAGCUCCGGGGUCUGCCCGCCGGCAUCCAAGACAAAGCCAAGCUGAUCUGGCACACGUUGGAGGACCUCCACGUAUCCUUCUUGGCCGCCGGUUCCUUCCAAGAGGUGCCGUCCGCCGCGUUGGCUGAGAGCUGUCAACGGAUCGUCAAAGCCCGGGGUUCGGUGGACGAAAUCGUGGACUACGUGGUGCAAAACGUUCCCCUGCCUUGGGUGGUGGGACCGUUUGCACCCUGCCUGGUGGAACUACCUUACGCCGCCGGCAUGGAAGGGAAUGAAGAAGGAGAAUACCCCAGACCCAAACGCCCUGCGGAGCCCAAAGUAAGAGCAGAAGGAAACUGUCAUUUAGAGAGCUGAAGGACACGAGGUUCGAGAACGGCUCCUGCCAACACUUAGAACUGUCUUGCAAAUGGCUGAAAAACUGGAAAAAUAUAUAGAAUUUUAUCAGGAAUGCGGAUUUCAGAAAGAUUGCCUUAUCUGCUUUCAGUUGUGCCUUUAGAAGAAACUUUCUCCACCUCGGUCCCUUUCAGAUACAGGUAAUCCUCGACGUACGACAGCCAUCGGGCCCAGAAUUUAUGUUGCUAAGUGAGAAAUUUGUUAAGCGAAUUUAUGACUUUCCUUGCCACGUUUUGUUAAGGAGAAAGCAGUGCAGUUGUUGAACUAGUAACACUGUCCUUAAGUGAAUCUGGGUUCCCCGUUGAUUUUAAUCAUCAGAAGGUCGCAAAAGAGGAUCACGUGACCUCCUCCUCCCCCGGAGACACUGCAACGGUCAUAAGUAUGAAACAGUUGCGUCUGAAUUUUGAUCAUGUGAUCACAGGGAGACUGCAACGGUUGUGGGAAAAGUCGCCAUAAGUCACGUUUUCCGGUGCUGUUUCAAACAGUUACUAAAUGAACUGUUGUAAGUCGAUGACUCCCUUUAGGUGGACUUCAACUCCCAGAAUUCCCCAGCCCGCAGGGAAUUCUGGGAAUUGAAGUCCACCCAUCUGAAAGAGACCGAGGGUGUAAGAAACACCACAAGCUUAGAUUACGGUGUCGAUGGGAGGAUCAAAAUAACCAAGAUGGUGCCUUGAAUGUUUUAUAAAAGGGGUGUGGGUUCAAAUCGGGCCCAAGCGGCCAUCUUCGUUGUUUCAAUGUACCCUCUCUGCAGACGGCCCUACGAGCAUCCUAUCGAAUUGAAUAAACGGAUUUUCUUGCA